GGCCGCGGCCGGACGAGGAGGCGGAAGAUGGCGGCGACAGCCGGGCGGCCGUGAGGAUCGCGGCGACGGCGAGAGGCCAAUGGCUGCCGGGGCGCGCCCUCGGGGACCCUCGGACCGUUAGGGCGCGACCCUGGGCGGCAUGUCAGAGCACGCGGCGCCCGUGGCCCCAGGGCCCGGGCCCAACGGCGGUGGUGGCGGCCCGGCCCCCGCGCGCGGGCCUCGCACCCCCAACCUGAACCCCAAUCCUCUCAUCAACGUGCGCGACCGGCUUUUCCACGCGCUUUUCUUCAAGAUGGCAGUGACCUACUCGCGGCUCUUCCCACCCGCCUUCCGCCGCCUGUUCGAGUUCUUCGUGUUGCUCAAGGCCCUGCUGGUGCUCUCCGUCCUGGCCUACAUCCACGUUGCCUUCUCCCGCUCACCCAUCAACUGCCUGGAGCACGUGCGUGAGCAGUGGCCGCGUGAGGGCGUCCUUCGGGUGGAGGUCCAGCACAACUCCAGCCGCGCGCCCGUCUUCCUGCAGUUCUGUGAUGGUGACGCCCGCGGCAGCUUCCCCGGCCUGGCCAUGGAGCCCGGUGCGGGGGGCCUGGAGCCGGAGGACGAGGACGAGGAGGAGCUGACCAUGGAGAUGUUUGGGAACAGCUCCGUCCAGUUUGAGCUGGACAUUGAGCCCAAGGUGUUCAAGCCGCCGGCCGGUGCAGACGCUCUCAACGACAGCCAGGAGUUCCCUUUCCCUGAGACACCCACCAAAGCCUGGCCGCAGGACGAAUACAUCGUGGAGUACUCGCUGGAGUACGGCUUCCUGCGGCUGUCACAAGCCACGCGGCAGCGUCUCCGCAUCCCCGUCAUGGUCGUCACGCUGGACCCAACGCGGGACCAGUGCUUUGGGGACCGCUUCAGCCGCCUGCUGCUGGACGAGUUCCUGGGUUAUGACGACAUUCUCAUGUCCAGUGUGAAGGGCCUGGCAGAGAACGAGGAGAACAAGGGCUUCCUGCGGAACGUGGUCUCGGGCGAGCACUACCGCUUCGUCAGCAUGUGGAUGGCACGCACCUCCUACCUGGCUGCCUUUGUCAUCAUGGUCAUCUUUACCUUGAGCGUGUCCAUGCUGCUGCGCUACUCACACCACCAGAUCUUCGUCUUCAUUGUGGACCUGCUGCAGAUGCUGGAGAUGAAUAUGGCCAUCGCCUUCCCGGCAGCGCCCCUGCUGACCGUCAUCCUGGCCCUCGUCGGCAUGGAGGCCAUCAUGUCUGAGUUCUUCAACGACACCACCACGGCCUUCUACAUCAUUCUCAUCGUCUGGCUGGCGGACCAGUACGACGCCAUCUGCUGUCACACCAGCACCAGCAAGCGGCAUUGGCUGCGGUUCUUCUACCUGUACCACUUUGCCUUCUAUGCCUACCACUACCGCUUCAACGGGCAGUACAGCAGCUUGGCGCUGGUCACCUCCUGGCUGUUCAUCCAGCACUCCAUGAUCUAUUUCUUCCACCACUACGAGCUGCCGGCCAUCCUGCAGCAGAUGCGCAUCCAGGAGUUGCUGUUGCACGCGCCCCCCCCAGGCCCUGGCUCCCCGACGGCGCUGCAGGACAACCUCAACAAUAACGCCGCUGCCCCCGGCCACCCCACUGUGCAGCCCCCCGCCCUGGGCCCUGGCUCGCCUAGUGCCAGUGGGGCAGCCGGGGCCGUGGCACCCAGCUCGCUGGUGGCUGCGGCGGCCUCGGUGGCCGCGGCAGCCGGAGGUGACCUGGGCUGGAUGGCAGAGACGGCUGCCAUCAUCACAGAUGCCUCCUUCCUGUCAGGCCUGAGCGCCUCCCUGCUGGAGCGGCGGGUGCCCCCGACACCCAGUGGGCCUCCCCGUACCCCCACGCCCCCUGUGCCCCAGGACGGUGCCCCCCACGAUGGUGCCCCCCAGGACGGUGUCCCCCAGAGUGACUUCCCAGCACUGGACGUGGGCCCCCCAGCUGCUGAGGAGAGCGGAACCAGCCCUGCCCCCGUGGCCACUGAGGAUGUACCCUCUGAGGCCGGCUCCUGA